CGGUGAGAUCUCCUGUUUCUCAACUUCAUGCUUCGUCCUUUCCAAAGCAAGCUUCCCAUCUUUGCUCGUUAGCCUCUAAACAUCUCGUCCUCCAUAGCAUCAACACACUCUCCUUAAACAUCUCAAGAAUCUCCUUUCAUCGUCAGUGGCAACAGAGUGUGGAUCACAGGAUCAGAUUUUACCAAAGCCACGAAAUUUAUCCACCUCCUCUAACUUGCUUGAGCUUAUUUCGUUGGGAAGACAGUUUUGGAACUCUUGAUUUGAGGGGCUAAGAGUAGAAAAAGAGAACUUGUGGGUCAUUUUCUUAAUUAUAAUGUUAUACGAGGGUUUAUUACAGAAAAGUGAAAAACGUGGAAAGCAUAAAUUCAACAUGAUGACAAAUUAAUUUAAUUUAUUUUAUGGUCCUUGUGGUUGUGGUAUUAAUCGGAUUCGAUCUUCUUCCUCGUAUAGCUUCUCUUCUUCAUCUCCAUCCUCUUCUUCCACAAGUUGGGGCCUUUGCAUAGACACUCCUCAAAUCACCACUAAUCUCUCCACCACCACCACCACAAUGCUGCUCCAUUUCUCUCCCACGAAGCCCCUCUUCUCCCCACCCAAUCUCCGCCGGAACCCAACCGUUUCCCCGCCGAGAUCCCUCCGCAUCCGCGCCAUCGACGCGGCCCAGAUCUUCGACUACGAGACCCAGCUCAAAUCCGAGUACCGCAAAUCCUCCGCCCUCAAAAUCGCCGUCCUAGGCUUCGGAAACUUCGGCCAAUUUCUCUCCAAAACCCUAGUCCGCCACGGCCACGACCUAAUCACCCACUCCCGCUCCGAUUACUCCUCCGCCGCCUCCUCAAUCGGCGCCCGCUUCUUCCACAACCCCCACGACCUCUGCGAACAGCACCCCGACGUCGUCCUCCUCUGCACCUCCAUCCUCUCCACCGAAUCCGUCCUCCGAUCCUUCCCCUUCCAGCGCCUCCGCCGCAGCACCCUCUUCGUCGACGUCCUCUCCGUCAAAGAGUUCCCCAAAACCCUCUUCCUCAAGUACUUACCGAAAGAGUUCGACAUCCUCUGCACUCACCCUAUGUUCGGACCCGAGAGCGGCAAGCACUCCUGGUCGGGCCUCCCUUUCGUCUACGACAAGGUCAGGAUCGGAGACGAAUCCUCCCGACACGAGAGGUGCGACAAGUUUCUCAAGGUGUUCGAGAGCGAAGGCUGUCGGAUGGUGGAGAUGAGCUGCGAGGAGCACGACAAGCACGCCGCUGGGUCCCAGUUCGUGACGCAUACCAUGGGGAGAGUGUUGGAGAAGUUCGGAGUCGAGUCUUCUCCCAUUAACACCAAAGGUUACGAGACGUUGCUCGAUUUGGUGGAGAACACGUCGAGUGAUAGCUUUGAGCUUUACUAUGGUUUGUUUAUGUAUAACCAGAACGCGCUUGAGCAGUUGGAGAGGUUGGAUAUGGCGUUUGAGUCGAUUAAGAAGGAGUUGUUUGGGAGGUUGCAUCAGGUUUAUAGGAAGCAGAUGUUUGGUGGUGGCGAGGGGAAGAAAACUGAGCAGAAGUUGCUUAACGAUGGUGUUGUUCGCGUGAAAGAGGAGUCGUCAUCGUCAUCUUCUUCUUAAACUACAAUGUUGUUUGUGUUUGUUUCUGAAUAAAAAAAGAAAGUUAUAUCGUUUUUGGAAAGAAUCGAGUGUUUGUGUUCAUCUUGGUCAUGAAAAAGUUGGUAAUCAUU